GUGACGUUGUCAUUGAACAAGGUGACGAGGGUCACGAGCUGUUCGUCAUAAGGUCCGGCCUCUGCUCUGUGCAAGUCAACGGCCACGAAGUGGCACAGCUCAAGGAAGGAGAUUACUUCGGUGAGAAUGCCCUUCUGCGGGACGAGCCGCGAACUGCAACUAUCGUGGCGAAGCAGCCGCUGACUACCAUUAUUGUCCGGCGGAGCAAAUUUGACGAGCUGGGUCUGCGAGAGAAAUUGGAGUUCAAGCAGCGAAAUGCAGUUGGAGGUGGUUUUGUUGAGCAUUCAGAGGCAAAGCCACCAAGUCCCAAGACAGAGGACGAGCGGCUGGUCAUGGCAAAGGCCCUGAGGGAAAACACAAAUUUGCAGGGCUUAGUGUCCUUGGACGAAGCCAGCACUCAGAGACUCAUCGACCGGUCUUGGAAGGAAGAGGUGAAGCCUGGCGUAGAUGUCAUCACCGAAGGGGAUUUGAAUGCGACAUUCUUCUACAUCGUCAAGUCAGGCAAAUUUGACGUCAUCCAGAAAGAACACCGCGUGGGUCAGCUCAAGCCUGGUAACAGCUUUGGUGAGUUGGCUCUGAUUUACACAGCGCCUCGCGCUGCAACGGUCAAGGCUGUGGUGGAUUCGGAGCUUUGGGUCAUUGACAGGGCAGAUUUUAAGCAGAUCCUGGCUGCUCGUGGAGACAAAUGUCAGGAGUAUGUGGCGUUGUUGGACAAGGUGGACCUCCUGAAGGGCCUUCUAAAGCCUGAGGAGAAGGAAGCUUUGGCGAAGUCCCUGACGGAAAUGUCGUUCUCCAAAGAUGAGACUGUCUUUGAGCAAGGUGAGAAAGGAGAUGCCUUUUAUAUUCUUAUCGAGGGACAGGUCGCUGUUAUCAAAGAUGCCGUGGAGCAAAUCAAGCUUACGGCCACUGUGGCGGAGGCCCGCUAUUUCGGCGAGCGCGCGCUGCUCACAAACGAGGGACGGGCUGCUACCAUCAAGGUAACCUCGGACAAUGCAAAGUUCUUGCGUUUGGACAGAUUGUCUUUCGAAAUGCUGCUGGGCUCGGUGGAGGAACUGAAGAAGUUGGGUACCGACCGGGCUGCAGUGGUCAUCAACCCCACUGCCAAGCUACAGAGAAGCGCAUCUAUGCUGCGCAGUGCAUCACAACAGUGUAACUGGGGAGGUGAUGACGAAAGAGAAGCUCCCGACCUAGGCCCAAUCGAGAGGCAAGAGCAAGGUGGCUGGUAUGAUAAAGCAGCUCAUUUGCGGCUCAGUGAGGGCGACUACAUGACCUCCUUCUUUGACCAGUGGGACUUUAAGCCUGGCGAUGACCCAACCCAUGGCACGGUUGACUAUGUGACACGGGAAGUUGCAGAGGAAGCGGAUUUGGUGCGUGCCCAUCCAGACGGGGUCUACAUUGGUGUGGACAACAAGACGGUGCUGAACAUAGGGGAGGGCAGGGGCCGCAAAUCCAUUCGGCUGGAGUCUACCAAGCGCUACAAUGAUGGCCUCUUCAUCAUCACUCUGGACCAUGCUCCAACAGGCUGCGGCUCUUGGCCAGCGUUCUGGAUGUUCGGAGAGGAUCCCGGACACAUUUGGCCGGACUGGGGUGAGUUUGACAUUAUUGAAUGGAUUCACGAUGAGGACAAUGUUUCAACAACUUUGCACACCAAAGCUGGCUGUACGCAGUCGCACUUAAACUUAACAGAACAAACGGACAAGAAAGCCUGGUGGAACCCUGGCAUUUACGGCCAGGGCAAGGCUUUCAACUGCGAUGUUAACGCGCCAGGGCAGUGGCAAAACCAAGGCUGCUCGCAACGUGGCUUGACAGGUACGGUAGGCCCCAGCUUCAACGAGGGUGGCGGUGGAACCUACGCUGCCGAGUGGGACCCUUUGGCUGGACACAUGCGUGUCUGGUUUUGGCCCAAAGGCACCGAGCCCGAGGAUGCCAAGGGUCCCACGCCAAAUCCCGAGUCCUGGGGGCAGCCGGCCUUCUACUUUGAGCUUGGCGAGGCCUGUACAGCUGACCACUUCAAGAAUAUGAAGCUGGUCUUCGACAUCACUUUUUGCGGCGACUUGGGCUCACCAACCUUCAACGACCACUGUGGGGCCAAGGUUGGUCACGGCAACUGUGAUGCCUUCGUUCGACAAGAGCCUGGGGCCUUCCAUGAGACAUACUGGUGGGUCUCAGCUUUGGACGUCUAUCGACGACCUGAAGCAAUUGCCCUUGCCUUGACAGGCAUGAGCUCCGUAGAGUCAGCUGGCGAAUGCAGGCAAGAGCACGUGGCCAUCCUGGAGUCCCGGGUGCAGGAACUCGAGGCUAUCCUGUCCAAGAGAGAUGGCGAGCUACGCGAGCUGUGGGCACAGCUAAAGCAGGAGGGCCGCUCCAAGCGAGAUGCAUCCUUGCUGACUUUGGCGUUGGCCGAAUUUCAGGGUUUUUUGGAGCAGAUGCAGCAUACGGAGGGGCGGGAGCAGCCCCCAGCUGGGCUCAUGGACUUGCUUCCACCAGGACAUGGGUCACCGGUUGCCGGUACAACUGCCUGGGGCAAGGAAAUCACUCAUUGUCCCAGUGGUGCUGUGCCAUACCCUCGAGUGAAGCUGCUGCGAAAGGGUGAGAGCCAUGGGGAUAUCCAGUUAUCCAGGCUUGUUGAGCAUGAGCCGACGGGCGAGACUUACGCACUGAAGGCGAUCAGCAAGGGCUACAUAGUCAAGAGUGGAAUGAAGCAGAGUGUGCUUCAGGCCACCUUUUCUCAGACCAUGUCUGGAAUUCCAUGUGAUCAUCAGCUUGGUUUUAUUGUCAUUAUCUGCAAUGGCGUGCCUUUGCCGUCUGGCAAGGAGAAGGCUGUGCACAUGCAGUGCGACUCGCUCUUCAUCGUGAGGCUCUUCGAGCAACUCGUCUGCCUAUCGACAUGCCAGACGCAUUGGCAAGCGCUGGAGCUGUUGAUCCAAAAGCACGACGUGGACACUGUGGUUCAGGAGAUGAUCAAGCAAGUGCUGAUCGCAAAGCCUGAGAACCCACGGAGAUUUCUGUUGAGGUACCUGGAGGAGGACAUCGAAUCCGAUGGUGGUGAUCUCUCGGACGCGGACCUGCAGAGGCUGUUUAUGGUGUCGCGCAGGAUUACAGGCAAAAUUAUCCCGCAAGAGACCAUCAACAUCACGAUCUCUGAGACACUGGAGCUCUUGAGCUGCGACGCUGUGUCUCUCUUCGUGCUGGACAGGAAGAUGCAGAUGCUAAGGCUGUAUGAUUCCAGCUCUGACGCACCCAUUAUGGUGAAGGUCGGCCAGGGCAUUGCGGGCAAGGUCUUCCAAACCCAGGAACCGGUCAACAUCCCCAACUGCUACCAGGAUAGCCGUUUCGACCAGUCAUUCGACAAGGAGACGGGCUACUAUACCAGAAGCAUGGUGGUGGUUCCUAUUGUGGACUUUGAGGGUCAAUGCACCGGAGUCAUCCAGGCCAUCAACAAGAUGCCAAGCGACGUCGUGUCCGAGCCGGGGCAGCCCAAAGGAAAGCUCGCCUUGCCCUUCUCUAGGCAAGAUGAGCGAAUGCUCUGGCAUCUUGCCGAGCAUAUAGCCAUUGCAAUCCAAAAUGCAGAGGUGUAUCGCGAGGCGAUAAAUUGCAGUGAGCGCGCCACCGGCCUUCUGAACACCAUCCAGAGCAUGUCCCAGGACUUGGGCCCUCAGUCUCUCCUCCUCACAGUCACCAUGCAUGCGAGCAAGGUCUGCAGUGCGCAGAGGUCUAGCGUUUUUCUCCUUGACGAAGCGGCGCAGCAGCUCUGGUCUGUGUCAACGGACACUGGGGCAGAGAUCCGCGUCCCAAAGGACAAAGGCAUCGCGGGGGAAUGCUGCUGCCAGGGGAAAGUCAUCAACAUCCCUGACGCAUAUGCGGAUGAACGCUUUAACAAGCAGGUGGACAUUCAAACAGGCUACAGGACCCGCAGUAUUUUGGCGGUGCCGAUCAUCACAGAAAAUGGGUCCAAGGCCUCGCAGGUGGUGGGUGUCAUGCAGAUGAUCAACAAGGUCGCGUAUGACGGGCAGCUGGAGUACUUCGACGACGAGGAUGUAGAGAUCAUGGAGCUCUUCGCAUCAUUUGUGGGUCCAAAGCUGACUUCCUCCAUGCUUUCAGGCAAGGAGAAGAAGGACGUCUCUGAGGGGCGCUUGGCCCUGGGCCUGGAGAUGCCACCAACCUCCUCCGGGUCGCAGCGGCCGCUGGGCGGCAGAGCAUCGGGAAGGCAAGAGCCUUACAUAGUCCACAAGCAGACGAAUGAUCUGAGGGGCAGGAAAGCAAGCUCCAAGAAGGCUGUGGGCCUCGAGGACAACUUUGCCAAGUUCUAUGUUGCUGGGGUUGUCUGCGCCUUCGACCACUUGCAUGGAAAGAAGAUCAUUUAUCGCGAUCUGAAGCCGGAGAACCUCCUUCUCAAUGACAAAGGUUGCGUAAAGCUCACAGAUAUGGGCUUGGCAAAGAUUUGCGUCGGCAAGACCUACACAGCCUGUGGGACACCAGACUAUUUCGCACCGGAGUUGAUCGCAUCUACAGGUCACACGGUCGCAGUGGACUGGUGGACGCUGGGCAUCUUCCUGUUCGAGCUGUUGAGCGGUCACCCGCCGUUUGAGUCUUCAUAUCCCAUGCAGACGUAUCAAAAAAUCAUGCGGGGCAUCCCGAAGGUGGCCUUCCCGCCCAAGUGCAAGGGCUCAGCCGAGGACUUGGUCAAAAGCCUGUGCAAGCACGAGCCCUCGGAAAGGCUUCCCAUGAAGAAGGGAGGCAGCAGAAACAUCAAGUCGCAUCCCUUCUACAAGGGCUUUGACUGGACGGCAUUUGAGACUUUGAAGCGGUGGCCUUAG